AUGCGUAUCACCACACGAAGAGUCAGCGAUGGCAAUGUCUUUCCCAUCUCCAAUCCUCGACCACUCACUCGAGCCCCUGCAAUCACCGACACCGAGACAUCAUCAGAUCCUCUAUCGUCAGAUCAGCAGCUGCCAUCUCGACCACGACAUCCAGCUCUUCUCCGACUGCACAAGUUCCGCACCAUUGUCAUUCCCGUGACAGUCAUGCUAGUCUUCACCACGUUGAUCCUGGGUGCCAUCUACGCAUACUGCGUGGCAAAACCACACACGUCAAUCGCCGACCAACUCGCCGUUGACAGCAGUGCCGAAGUCGACGGCUCCAUCUUCUCCCGCCGAUCAAAUGACACCUACUUUGUCUUCGCCCCAACCAAUACCACCACCAUCACCGAGAUUACUCGACGACAAGACGACACCGACCUAAUUCCCGCCAGUAAAGACCCGCAACAGAACUCCAAUGACACCACGUCUCAAGACCGUGACAACACAGAGCCCCAAACCGCCCUGCUAUUCUACACCCUGACCACCCCCGCCAUCAGCUUGAUCCACUUAACUUUCGAGCUAAUAAUGCACCACCACACGCCGCAACACCUCAGCAAACGUCUGGCAUACAUCGUGCUGCUCACCUCAUCCAGCCUUCUCGCCGCCGGCUGGCUGACCACGCUUGGCUUCUGGAUGCACUGCGAACUGCCGCCCUUGAACAGCACGCGCCAGGACCUCUGCCCGAUCCAGGUCCGCGGACACUUCAUGUACGGCAUCCAUGAAGUGAGCAUUGCCAAGACGGUCGUCGCGUGGCUCAUUGCGUUCGUGUAUCUCGGUCAUGUGGUUUGUUUGGCUAUUGGAUGGGCCGCUAUGAAGCGGGUGUGGAGGAUUACCGGUGCUGGAAAAUCGGGUGGGUUGGAGCAUGGUCAGGCCACAGAGAUCGUGGUCUCGGUGGAUGAUCAGUUGAAGAAGGAGACUUAUCUGGCCAGUGGUGGGAGGUAG